AUGAAUCUUCAAAUGCAGCUCACCAGACUUCUAGCCAUAGUGCUAACAGUGCUGCCGGUGCUGGAAUGCUUGGCACAGCAAAAGUUCCGCAUCGUUCCGCGCGAUCUGCAGGUACUGGAGGGCACCGAGGCGCUGCUCCGCUGUGAGAUCUACAAUCUCGUCGGGGCCGUCCAGUGGACGAAGGAUGGGUUCGCACUGGGCUUUUCCCACACGAUACCGGGGUACCCGCGGUACUCGGUGCUGGCCGACCGGAACCAGGGUAUCUACAAUCUGCGAAUAUCGAACGCAUCGAUCGAGGACGACGCCGAGUACCAGUGCCAGGUCGGGCCGGCCAAGUUCAACUCGGCGAUCCGUGCCAACGCCAGGCUGACCGUGAUAUCUCCACCGUCGUCGAUCGAGAUCCAGGGCUACAGCCGGAACGCGAAGGUCGAGGUACGGGAAGGGCAGGACCUCGCGCUGACCUGCGUCGUGUCGAACGCCAAACCGGUCGCCCAGAUCGUGUGGUACCGGGGCAAGACGGAAUUCAAAUCCGACACGAUCGAGAACAAGGUGACGGAAACGGAGGGCAAGCGGUACACGGUGACGUCGCUGCUGCGCAUCAAACCGGGCUCGGAGGACGACUACAUGGAGUACACGUGCCAGGCGAAGCACAAAGCCCUGCAACCGGAUCGUCCGAUGCAGACGAAGGUUCAACUGUCCGUGCUGUAUCCCCCGGGAGAGCCACAGAUCGAAGGAUUCACGCCGGGCGAAGUGCUGCGACGCGGCCAGAACGUGGAGCUCAUCUGCCGCAGCCGCGGUGGCAAUCCGCCGGCCCAGUUGAUCUGGUACAAGAACGACGUCCAGGUCCGGAUGGCGUACCGUACCACGGACCGGCUGUCGGAGAACAUCUACUCGUUCGUGGCGGAAGAAGCCGACAACAAGGCGCGGUUACGGUGCGAGGCCAACAACGUCAUGAUUUCGGCGCCACUCAAAACGGAAAUCACCCUGAGCGUGCUGUUUGCUCCCACACAAGUGACCAUUUCCGGGGCUUCCGAGGCGCGCACCGGAGACGUGGUGGCGUUGCAGUGUCAGACGGCACCGUCGAAUCCGCCGGCCGAGAUCAAGUGGAGCGUCAGCGGGCACCACAUGAAGAACACUACGUCCAGGACGAUCGAGAACCAUGACGGUGGAUGGAUAACCGUGUCCAACAUCUCCGUGCCGGUGGAGGCGAACAAACGCUCGCUGGUGGUGAUCUGCCAUGGGCUGAACAUGCAGCUGACGGAAAACGUGAUCUCGACCCACACGGUCAAUGUUUUGUUGCCGCCCAGCCAACCGACCAUCACCGGGUACACCGAGGGCACCGUCAUAGCGGCGGGCUCGGUGCAGCGUCUUCAGUGCACUUCCGGCGGCGGUAACCCGCUGGCCACACUGACGUGGUACAAGAACGACAAAAAGCUCAAUUCCGUCACGAAAGCAACGGACAAGUUGGUCUCGUCGGAACUGUCGAUCCUGGUGAACGCGACCGACAACCAGGCCAAGUACCGGUGCGAGGCCCACAACUCGGCCACCGAGAUCCCGCUGUCCGCUGCCCGGACGCUCGCCGUCAACUUCCCGCCGGAAACGGUCAAAAUCAAAAUCAUACCCCCGGAGCUGAAGCCGGGCGUCGAGGCGACGCUGAUCUGCGACUCGAGCUCCAGCAAUCCGCCGGCCACGAUCUCGUGGUGGCGCGAUGGCAUCGCCGUCGAUGGCACCAACAACGCCACGAAGACCGGACUGUGGGGCGGCUUCGUGUCGUCGCUCGAGCUGAAGGUAAACAUCAGCCAGGACAUGGACGGGAACGUGUACACGUGCCAGAGCGCGAACGAGGCGCUCCAGCGGAACGUCCACGAGGCCAUCAAGCUGCAGGUGCUCUAUCCGCCCAAAUUUAAGCCCCCACCAUCCUCGACCGUGGUCGGUGCCGAAGGGGAACCGCUGACCGUCGCCAUGGUGGCCACCGGCAACCCGAUGUCGAUCUCGUACACCUGGACCAAAGACGGACUGCCGAUCCUCUCGACCGCAGGUGCGCAGCGGAUAGUCUCGGAGGGACCGAUCCUGAACAUCACGCGCCUCAACCGGAACGACACCGGCAUCUACACCUGCGAAGCUGUCAACUCCCAGGGGUCGGCGAUGAUUAAUAUCUCCGUCGUAGUCGAGUACGGUGCAUCGAUCCAGUCCAUCUCGGAGAACGUUACCGUGAGCCCGGGCGAAGAAGCGAUGCUGUCGUGCACCGUCGAAGGUAAACCGCUGACCGAGGAGCACAUUCGCUGGGAACGCAUCGGGUACGAUAUGACCAUCAAGACGUCGACGACGUUCGCGAACGGCACCAGCUACCUGCACGUGAAGAACGCACUCCGGGAGGACGUCGGCAACUUCCGGUGUAUCGCCGACAACCGCGUGGCGAACCCGACCAGCCGCGACGUGCUGCUGAUCGUGAAGUUUGCACCGGAGAUUGACAAAUCGCCGGUGAUGCUGCGGGCGGCCGCCGGGUUCGGUGAACGCGCCCGGCUACCGUGCCGGGCACAGUCGGCUCCACGGCCCAAGUUCUACUGGUCCCGGGCCGGCCAGGUGCUGAACGUGAACCAGACGGCCAAGUUCUACGUCGAGAACAAGCAGAUCGACGCGCUGACGUACGAAUCGAUCCUGGUGGUUGAGCGGGUUGCGGCCAACGAUUACGGCCUGUACGAGUGCAUCGUCCGGAACGAGCUCGGGAACGUGAAGGAGAAGGUCCGGCUGGACGUGACGUCUCCGCCCGACCCGCCCGUCAGCCUGAACGUGCUGAACGUGACGCACGACUCGGUGACCGUCGCCUGGACGCCCGGCUUUGACGGUGGCAUGAAGGCGAACUACCGCGUCCGGUACCGGGAGGUGAACAGCGAGCGGUACUGGUACGAGGACAGUCAGCCGAACUCGUACAAGCUGACGAUCGGCGGCCUGCGGAUGAACACGCUGUACGUGUUCUCGAUUAUGGCCUCGAACGGGCUCGGCUCCAGCCGCUACCUGCCCGACGUGACGCGAGCCCACACGAAAGAUACUCCACCGUCGCAGCCGGCGUCGUCGCUGGGCAGCAAAACGGCCUCCUCGCAGUCGACCGGCGGCAGCAUCGGGGCGUCCGGCAUCGUGCUGCUGGUCGGGGUAGCGGCCGGCAUCUGUCUCGUGCUGCUCAACAUCAUCCUGAUCGGCUGCUGCAUCCACCGGCGCACCGUGCACAAGCGCAUCAAGCGGGGCGAAACGCUGUCGAGUGUCUCGGAAAAGAGUGACGCUUACUCGAGCGACGCCAAUCGUCCCGACUACACGGACGACACUACCAGCAAGUCCGCUUCGACAUAUCUCGUGGAGAACGGGGACAUGCCGCCGCCUCGCUACCAGAAGGAAGGCACCCUUCCACCGUACCCUAACAAUAUCAAUGGAGCCUACGCCCGUACCCUGCCCCAUCCGCGCCACAACCCGGUGAACUAUCAGCAGCGCAGCCACGACGAUCAGAUGAUCGAGCGCAGCAGCUACGUGACCGCUCCGUCCCCAGGGCCACCGUUCGAUGGGUCCUACUACAACAUGAACAGCGAUCGCUACCUGUCGUAUCCUCCGAUGCAGGACUACUCGGCGAUGGAGAUGUCGACUCCGCCGCCACCGGUUAUACCGGCGCUGCCCAAGAACACCGGCACGUUGACGCGCAUGACGCGACCGAUGGUUCCGCCGCCGGAUGUCACGUACCACGCGCAGUCCGUCGUCAGCGAGACCUCCUCGUCGCCGCAGCACAUGGGCACGGCCAACACGGUGCUGUCGGGCACGGGUUCCAUGAUACCGCCCCAGCCGGCACCGAAGCCUCUGCAGGGAAUCCUGAAGGACCCGAAGCGGAACAGCAGCGCCAGCAAUGGGAGCCAGCACCAGCAGCUCCAGCAUCCAGUGGUCGGUGGUGGUCAGUUGAUCGCCGUGCAGAACCCGUCGCCGGUACCGCUCGGAUCGGUCCCGGGGAUCCCGCUUGUCGGCAGCACCUUCCUGGGGCCGUCCGGCACCGGCAACGCACCGUCCGGGACGCUCGGUACCAGCAGCCUCGGAAACAGUCUGCUGAUCGGCAGCUACGACCCAAGCGCCACCAAUCUGAGCUCCUUCAACGCGUCCUUCGGCUUCACCGAUGCGGACGGUCACCUGGUGUAGAAGUUAGCCGCCGGGCCCGGCAGACCUCAGUAAUAGCUUCCGACAAGUUGCCAAAACCCGACGCCAUCGGCGCUGGGGACGGAUCGGGCGCUCGGCUCUCAUGAAUAAAAAGCAGCGUGUUGGAAACGCUGCGUUGACUGUGAUAAAACUUUGCUAGCGUAAUGUGUAAUUAAACGGCGGGUGGAUGACGGUGGACAGUGACAGAGGAGCACACCGCGAUGGCACGGGCCCGCAUCCGGUGUUCGGACGAGGGGGACGAUCGCUAAUCUCAACCACAAGACAGAGCUAAAUCAAAUUUACGUUGUUCGGUUGUGAAAAACGAAAUACACUGCUAUUAACAAUGCGUAAGGCAAUUCUGUAAGUACUAUUAAGCCAACUAACAAUUAAACGAAAACAAAACAAGACAACCAAUCAAGAAUCUCAAAGCAAAGCAACCGAUGGACGGUGGCUGCGCUGCUAUACAUAACAUCUAUAAAUAUAUCUAUGCAUAUUCACAAUUCAAAACAAUUGAUUAACAAUGUUCAUAUUCAUAUAAACAAAGACGCGCGCGGCGGGUCACACAGGCCCCACGAAAUUGAACAAAACCGUGCAGCACCGCGUUGCGACAAAAAUUAAUGCCAUUGCCAGCCACCAAAAGAAAAAGGACUAUGAACAAACGAAAACAGCAAAAAAAGAAUCAAAAUAACAAUACAUUGAACUCCUGCUCUCUUGCUUUUGUGCGGUAUAGGUAAGUUUUAAUGCCCGAACGGGGCACAGCGAAACUCAAACUAAAUCAAAAAACACAAAAUGGUAACAAAGAAAAGAACACACAAUAACAAACGCGAGCAAACGAAACAAUGAAACAAACAAACAGACAAAAUGACAUAGAACUGGCGAACUUUGUACAAAAUAAACAUAGAUCGAAUCGUAAGGCGCAGUAAGAGUGUAAAAACUAGCAUAGCAGCGAAGCGAGAUGGAAGAAUAAUAAAAGUAUAGUAGCGUAAGGAAGUGAGAAAAAGGUCUCUUGAAAAACAAAAAACUUGGAAAAACAACAACAUCCAGUACUGAUUAAAAAAAACCCUUAUGAAGCUAAGUCUAAUUAAAAAAAAACAUCAAACCCCCAGUACCCAGUAACUGAGCUAAUAGUAAAAUUGCUAACUUGUAAAGCGCAAAGCAACGCAAAAAAUGCGAAACGCGGAACGAAUCUCUGAUACCGAAUUCAAUACUCAAAAACUCGGGUUACGGGCAACCGGAAACCCGGGAGCCGGUGGCAUCAUCGGCCCCCGGCACGGCCCGUUUCACGAGCUUACCUUUCAUUAUUUAUUCCACGGUGUAUGUAUGUACGUAUGAUGAUGAUGAUGAUGACGAUGAUGUGUACAAUAACUAGUUGUAUAUUUACGAGCUGCCAGGCUUUGUUCGUUUCGUUCGUUGAUAGUGAAUAAUUUUAAUUCGUCCUUUAUCCCCACUUUUCAACAACAAAAAAAAAGAUAAUGUCGUCAACAACAAACACACACACAUACUCCUCGAAUAAUGAUCUGUAAAAGUGACAAUUCUUAACCAAAGGUAAAAGCCGGAAGCAUGCGAAAGCGAGGCAGAAGCGAGAACGCGACGUGGUUACACGACACGUGGCCGGCUCCAGCACGACAAACUCUAAUGUAAGGCAUGUUCGGGAAUGGUCUGUUCACGGUUACGAUUCCGAAACGGUUUA